UUGAUAAAUUGCAGGUUUUUUAAUCGGAUUAUUAAACGAAGAAUUAUGAAUACAUUUUCUCACGUUCCUCCUGGAUUCCGGUUCCAUCCUACCGAAGAAGAACUUGUCGAUUAUUAUCUUAGAAGGAAAAUUAAUUCGAAGCGUAUUGAUCUAGAUAUAAUUAAAGAUGUUGAUCUUUACAGAAUUGAGCCUUGGGAUCUUCAAGAGCUUUGCAGAAUAGGAACAGAAGAGAGAGAUGAAUGGUACUUUUUUAGCCACAAAGACAAGAAAUAUCCAACCGGAACUCGUACGAAUAGAGCUACUGCAGCUGGAUUUUGGAAGGCAACGGGGCGCGACAAGGCGAUUUAUUCGAAACAUGAUUUAAUUGGAAUGAGGAAAACUUUGGUUUUUUAUAAAGGCAGAGCUCCGAAUGGUCAAAAAUCCGAUUGGAUUAUGCACGAAUAUCGACUCGAGACUGACGAAAAUGGAGCCCCUCAGGAAGAAGGAUGGGUAGUGUGCAGGGUUUUCAAGAAGAAAAUAGCGUCGACGCAGAAACACAGCGAACACGAUUCGCCAAUUUGGUAUGAGGAUCAUGUUUCGUUCAUGCCGGACAUGGAUUCACCGAAGCAGCACCACCAUUCUUAUUACAACCAUCCUUAUAAUAAUAACAAUAAUAAUAAUAAUAAUAAUAUCAAUAAUAAUAAUAGUAAUAAUACAUCUUGCAAGAAUUCGAAGAUGGAGAUAAUUAGUUACUUGCAGUAUAGUGGAAUCCCGUCCGAUAAUAAUAAUCAUCAUCACUUUCUUCAUCAGCUUCCACUUCUAGAAAGUCCGAAGUUGCUUCAGCCGCAAGCUUCUUCUUUUGAGGGAGGUGCACUCAAUGUAAACCCUAGGAGCAAUUUCGAUCACAAUUUUCAGACGAAUACGAAUUUGUUCGGAAAUAAUAUUAAUAUUAGUGAAGUACUGUCUGAAGAUCAGGUGACGGAUUGGAGGGUACUCGAUAAGUUUGUGGCGUCGCAGCUCAGCCAAGAGGAAGUUGUUUCGAAAGAAAACGAUAGUGUUAUUAUUAAUGCAGCGAUUCAAGAAUCGAAUAAUAUGAAUAUUGGAGGUGACUUGAACAGCAAGCAAGAAAUUAUGCAGGAGAACAAUGCCUCGACUUCGUCUUCUAGCUGUCCGAUUGAUCUGUGGAAGUGAAUUGUGAUCUCGAUAAACGAAACAAGACUGUACAUGUUGUGAUAUUUUUUUUGGGGAGGAAGUAUCAUCAUUUUAUACAGUUUCUUGUAAAUAAUAAUAAAACUGAUAAUAUAGUAAAAGAUUAUUUGUUGUAUAUCUUGUAAGAUAAUUUAAGGUAAUAUCGGAUAAUGAAUCGUUCUCCGAUCCAUUGCCGAUGUAAUAAUAGCGAAACUGUGUAAACAUAUAUGCAUUGAUGAGCAGUAAAUUUAAAAUAUAUAUGUAUUAAUUCCCCUUUUGUAUCGUAAAA